AAUCAUUGGGAUUUCCUUGUUGUCAAAACACAGAAUGGAUGCUGUGAUUUUAGCUAACGUUAGCUAGCUAAAUCACUUCAAAGUUACGUAGAUACUCAGUUUAUUGCAAUAAUAAUUGUAAUCUCUCCAUUUGUCCAACUCUGUCAGCUUUUAAACCAAGGUUUUUGCGUUAUCGAAAUGGGGAAAGGUUGCAAAGUUGUGGUGUGUGGUUUGGCAUCUGUAGGAAAAACAGCCAUUCUUGAACAGCUGUUGUAUGGCAAUCACGCUGUUGGUUCAGAGUCCACUGAGACCCAGGAGGAUGUGUAUGUGGCAUCGGUGGAAACGGAUCGUGGCGUAAAGGAACAGUUACGUCUCUAUGACACCAGGGGGCUCCACGACGGCCUGGACCUUCCCAAGCACUACUACUCUGUGGCAGACGGCUUUGUGCUGGUCUACAGUGUGGACAGCCUGGAGUCCUUUAAGAGGGUGGACGUCCUCAAGAAGGAAAUAGACAAGUCCAGAGACAAGAAAGAGGUGAUGGUGAUCGUGUUAGGGAACAAGACAGACCUGCGUGAGCGUCGUCAGGUGGAGCAGGAGGCAGCGCAGCAGUGGGCGCGGGGGGAGAAGGUCAAGCUCUGGGAGGUCAGCGUUACUGAGAGGAACUCUCUCAUCGAACCCUUCACCAUGCUCACCAGCCGCCUCACACAGCCUCAGAGCAAGUCUGCCUUCCCUCUUCCAGGACGCAAGAGCAAGGGCACGGCGUCCAACGACAUAUGAACUGAACUCAACCUCAAGAGCACCUAAGUUCCAAGUACUUCAGGGGGGAGAUGUUACAGAGUAGGGUUGAUGAGUUAGCCAGCCAACUUCAAUUAAUAUUCUGACUUCAUAUCACCAUUACAUUCCAUAGACAACCAACAACCCAUAUUAAGUGCUUUUUUUUUUUAUUGACUAGCAAAUCAAGAGAUGUAUCUUAAUGUUUAUCAAAGUGAGCUGGCUAAAUGAGUGAGCCUGCUUUGUGGUGUCAUACACCCCUCUGGUUUCAGUGUGUCCCAUCCUAUGGGAUGGCUAUAGUAGCCGCUGUACAGCAAGGUCUAGGCCCAUCUAAUGCACCUUUAGAGUGAGGCAUAUUACCUAGUGUAUGGCCUUCUACCAUAUAGUGUACGGCAUAUUACUAGAUACUACGCAGUGUAUGGCCUACUACCAUAUAGUGUACGGCAUAUUACUAGAUACUACCCAGUGUAUGGCCUACUACCAUAUAGUGUACGGCAUAUUACUAGAUACUACCCAGUGUAUGGCCUACCACCAUAUAGUGUACGGCAUAUUACUAGAUACUACCCAGUGUGUGGCCUACCACCAUAUAGUGUACGGCAUAUUACUAGAUACUACCCAGUGUAUGGCCUACCACCAUAUAGUGUACGGCAUAUUACUAGAUACUACCUAAUGUAUGGUCUACUACCAUCUAGUGUACGGCAUAUUACUAGAUACUACCUAGUGUAUGGCCUACUACCAUCUAGUGUACGGCAUAUUACGAGAUACUACCUAGUGUAUGGCCUACUACCUAGUGUAUGGCAUAUUACUAGAUACUACCUAGUGUAUGGCAUAUUACUAGAUACUACCUAGUGUAUGGCCCGGUAGCAAUAUAAAAAAAAAUGGUACAACCUUAAUCAGGUAUGUUGCUCAUGUCUGAUUAUUAAAUGUCUGUAAAUGGUUGUUUUUGUGUAUUUGUUAAUACAAAAGCUGUGUAGUUUAUUAGCUUUGUACAUGUUUUAUUUACCUAAUUUAUUUGUCACUUUACUAAAAACUUCAUUCCUAGCGGGUAGGAAUGGGAUGAAAUGUGGCUUCUGUCAUGUGCCCAAAUAACAUCCUCUCUCCUGAAGUGUACACUCGUUCAGUACUACAAACGUAGAAGCAUUGGAUUGGUUGAGGCAUGGGCCAGGAGUUUCCACCAUUUUUCUGAAAGUAAUUUUCUUUAAAUUCAGUGAAUUGAAGUGAACACUGAGGAUGGAGGGAUAAUUUGAACAUUGCCUGUGUCCUUCAUGUCUUGUGUGAGACCUAGCUAAAUAAAUGUAAUAUUUUAUGCUG